CGGGAGGCGCGGGAGGCGCGUCCGACCCGGAGAGGAGGUUGUGGCGGCGGUCGCGGCUGGCGACAUGGACAACGCGGGGAAGGAGCGAGAGGCGGUGCAACUGAUGGCGGAGGCCGAGAAGCGAGUCAAGGCCUCCCACUCCUUUCUCCGAGGGCUCUUUGGAGGAAACACAAGAAUAGAAGAAGCUUGUGAAAUGUAUACCAGAGCUGCAAAUAUGUUCAAGAUGGCUAAGAAUUGGAGUGCUGCAGGAAAUGCGUUUUGUCAGGCAGCCAAGCUCCAUAUGCAGCUGCAGAGCAAACACGACUCCGCCACCAGCUUUGUGGAUGCUGGGAACGCCUACAAGAAGGCAGACCCCCAAGCCUUCGCUUCAGAGGCUAUCAACUGCUUAAAUGCAGCCAUCGACAUUUACACAGACAUGGGAAGGUUCACGAUCGCGGCCAAGCACCACAUCACCAUCGCGGAGAUCUACGAGACGGAGCUGGUGGACAUCGAGAAGGCUAUCGCCCAUUAUGAACAAUCAGCUGAUUAUUACAAAGGGGAAGAAUCCAAUAGCUCGGCUAACAAAUGUCUGCUGAAAGUGGCCGCGUACGCCGCCCAGCUGGAGCAGUACCAGAAGGCCAUCGAGAUCUUCGAGCAGGUUGGGGCCAACACCAUGGAUAACCCUUUGUUGAAGUACAGUGCAAAGGAUUACUUCUUUAAAGCUGCCCUCUGUCACUUCAUAGUGGAUGAGCUGAAUGCCAAGCUUGCUCUGGAGAAAUACGAGGAAAUGUUUCCGGCGUUCACUGAUUCGAGAGAAUGCAAGUUAUUGAAAAAACUUCUAGAAGCUCACGAAGAGCAGAACAGUGAAGCUUACACGGAAGCAGUGAAGGAAUUUGACUCGAUAUCCCGCCUGGACCAGUGGCUCACCACCAUGCUGCUGCGCAUCAAGAAGUCCAUCCAGGGGGACGGGGAAGGAGAUGGAGACCUCAAGUGAAGCGCUGUGUCUCUGUGGCAUGCCGCUGAGUCCUCUUUAGUUUCGUGUUAGGGCCAGUGAUCAUUAUGGGAUGCCCAUUCAAUGGCUUCAUUUUGUUGCACAUGAGCCUGAUGAUGUGUGUGUUUAAGCCGCCAUGUGUGUCACCGUGCAGCGGACGGGUGGGCGGCUCCUGUGUGUAUUGCGAGCGUGACAGGCUGUUUCCCGCUUGUCAGUCCCCAGAGUUUUCCGAGAACUGCUUCCGAAUCUUACUCCUGUUAUUUUGAUACAUGCAGAGCUCCUGUUUAAUUUUGCCACAUAUUUUUAUGUCCUUUUUCCUGGACUAGAGUACCCAACCCAGUUCUAAUAGAUGCUUUGCAUGUUCUCUGUGAACUUGCACCUGGAUGGAUUCUCUAAAUGUGUGUGUUUAGUGUAGGAUCGUUGUUAGGAAUGCGUUUAUGACUUUCCUCAUGAGAAAUUAUUUAUCCUUUUUGUUAUCUUGUGAUUCUUUUGAUGGUGCUAGUGACCAGUUUCUUUGCUUUUUAUAUCGUUCUGUAGCUAAUGUGCAUGUGAGAAUUCAGAUCAGCCGGGCCUGCCAGCCGCUUACAGUGGGAAAAGAGGGAGCUUCCCGGCACUGCCUGGUAAUGUGUGUGGACGCGUGUGGAGGUGGGCCUGAUCUCACAUACAAGUGCACACACAUACAAGAUCUAGAAGACUUGGGCGUUUUCCUUUCCUGGAGAUGGUGUCCACUUUUAGUUGGGGCGGGACCCUUGCUUCAUCUUCAUAGAAAGGUGUUUGAACUGGCACAUCCCUUUACUUCCGUGUUCACACACUUUUCCACGUUGAGAGGGCACCUCCUGUGCCCUCUCACGUACAUGCUCACCAGGGCUGGGAGGUUAUCUCAGUCGAAGCUUGUGUGUCAUUAAUUUUAAUUUUUAAUUGUGUGUCAUAUUCAUUUUAUCCAUUAAUUGGAUGUGAUGGGCUUGGUAGGCUGAGUACGGUACAGAGGUUUACUGUGCUCAGUCGGGAAAAGAACCCCAACUAGCUUCUGAGGGGACCUGCGCUUAGCUGAUGGAGUUGUUUUAGCUUGUGUGUUUGAAUUCUGUCCUAUUAUUUUGGCUUAUAUAUGUGCUCUGUUGACUUGUGAACUUGAUCCCUGCGCAUAAUGUUAUGUGCCGACAUCGUACUUUAGACGUGGUCUUGUUUCCUGAAUCUCCUGUGUGCAUAUUUUUAGGCACAAAUGAUUUAUGU